AUGAGCCCGCACCUGCGCCGCCGCCGCCUCCUCCUCCUCGUCCUCCUCCUGGCCGCCGCGCUCUGCCGGGGUGCGCCGCUGGCCGGGGAGCUGCGCUGCCGCUGCCCGCGGACCGUCUCCGAGGUGAUCGCGCCGCGGCGCCUGGCCCGCCUGGAGCUCGUCGCCGAGGGGCCGCACUGCGCCGUGCCCGAGGUCAUAGCCACCACCAAGCGCGGACAGACGGUCUGCCUGAACCCCUCCGCACCCUGGGUCAAGAUCAUCGUCGCCAGGGUCCUCGAGAGCUCAUCGCAGAAGAACUGACGGGGGAAAGCAGCUCGCUGGCGGGGAGAUGACACUGGGCCUGGGGCUGCGGGGGCUUCCCUCUCUUGCAACGCACUUUAAGCUCCGCCUAUUUAUUGAGUACUUUGUUUAAUGUAAUGAUAUCUGAUCGUAUUUAUUUACAUCUUGCAUAGUACUCGCAAUAUUUAUCUUCAGUUUGGACAUUGUCUGCAAAGCACAGUUCUAAGUGCUGUACUACUUCACUGCCUCUAAAACCUUGCUUUGGGGAUGUUAGGCAGGAGAAAAGACACAGGGGGUACCCUGAAUUAUUUCACAGGAAAAAAUUUGCCUGGGCUGCAGCAUCAGCAGCCACUGCUGAGGCUUCGGCAUCAGCGCAAGGUAUAUUUCCGUGCUACGUGCCUUUGUAAGGACAUGAGUAGUUUGCAUAGAAACAUUUAUUCUGUGCAGCAGCUCGGAGUAGAGAACUGCUGCCGCCCAAAACACGUCUCUGUUUUGGUUUGCACAUUGUAUAGCUAUGUGCCUGGAAAAACUCUUGCCCAGCUCCUGUGGGAAAGCCAUGCAGGCUGCUCCGCCACGCCAGUCCAACAGCCACUUCGGUUCCCUUCCCUGCCAGAAGCGCGGCUUACCCCGUGCGUUUGCGUUUUGAGGGAGGUGGUGGGCUUUGCUCAUUGCAACCUCAGACAUAUGAUGUCUCUUUUUCUGUAUGGCAUAAUGUCAUAAUUUAUAUAAAGUUACAUAUAAGUGACCGUGCUGUUGUGUUGAUGGAUGUUUAUUUAUUCUAGUCCAAAUUCCUCUUGGAAUUGUGUAUAUGCAGUUUCCUCUGCUCUUCAUGUUUCUAUCCAGCAGAAGAUUAAAAAGAAGUGGUAUCUAAACCACUUUUAAAUACUGGUAUUUAAAUGUCAUCAUGGUGAGACCAUAUGAUUUCUAUUCAUCUACUCAUUUUCCCAAAUGCCGAAGAAGUCCUGAUCGUUAUAUACAUAUAAUCAUCGUGCGGAGGUAUCAUCAUACAUCCAGAAUAACUGUAAUAAGCUCCUGUAAAUCCAAUGGAAUAUUUUUC